CAAAAUACCAAGGCGCUAACAUAGAGCUACAGUUUCCAAAAAUGGCAGACAGCGAGCACCCCCGUCUCAUUCUCCAUAAUUUUCUUCCUUUAGAUCUCUGCAAGGAGUUAGAGUUUAUACACAAGAGCUGUUGUACAGUAGGGUACAGGCCCAAUGUGUUGUCUACAACACUAUCUCAUCUUAUUGCCACUAACUCUGCCCAUUUCAUCUUGCCCAUCAUUCCUAUUCGAGAGAGGCUAAGGGAGAAAGCAGAGGAGUAUUUUGGGUGCCAGUAUGAGUUGUUUGUUGAAUUCACUGGUCUAAUCAGCUGGUGUAGAGGAGCAAGCAUUGGUUGGCACAGUGACGAUAAUAGACCUUACCUUAAACAACGAGAUUUCGCGGCAGUGUGUUAUUUAAAUAGUUAUGAUGCGGAUUUCAAGGGUGGUAUCUUUCACUUCAAGGAUGGAGAACCUGCAGACAUUGUGCCUAUGGCUGGGGAUGUUAUCAUGUACACAGCUGAUGACCAAAAUAUACAUUCUGUUGAUGAGAUUACUGAAGGGGAGCGAAUUACACUUACUCUGUGGUUCAGCCGUGAUGUGUCUCAUGAUGAAGAUUCUAAACUCAUCUCAUCUCUCUCACGAGCUUUAUUGGGUGUUGGGGAUAGAAAGUUGCUUUCGUAUUUGCCCGUGCCAGGAUCCAUCAAUAUGUACUGGUUUCCACCUGAUGAAGCUUCAAGUUUCUUGUCCGGAUUUGAUAUUCGCUGCGGCAGAUUGCAUGUUCUUGGAUUUGAUAUCCAUCAAUUUCAAAAGACUAGCCAUUUAUCAGCAUCAGAUUCAUCUUACAACUUUGAGUUACUGUCAGGGCCACUACUUUUAGCACGAGAAAACGAGUUGUUUGAGACCCAAUUUCUUAAUAUAAUGCAUGCACUUCAGUUGGUGCAGUUCUAUCAUUGGAAGUUCUCCAGUUUAAAGACAAAAGUCGAAGGAUCAACUCCAACUCCAACUCCAACUCCAACUCCAAAUGUAAUUCCAAUUUCCUCGAAUCAAAAAACAGAAAUAGGUCAUCUUAGAUCUGCGUUUCUGAAGGAUCUUCAACUGGCGGAAGGUUUCUUUGGAAAUUCGAGACCCAUCAAGGUAAUGGAUUAUGGAUUUGACUGGCUUACUUUUUCAGCUGCAGUUCCUGAAUGGGAAUGUUAUGUUUUUAAGUUACAGAAGGAACUGCUUCUGCAUUUACCUCAUUGGAGAACUAAUCAGUCCAUCUUUUGUGUUCCAUUAGGACAUGUUGAGGAAUGAAUCUGAUUAUACAUAUUGUUUGGUAUAACUUCAUUACAGUUUUCAUAGAGAUAUUUUGAUUUACAUGGCCAUGUCCCAUGUUGGCUUA